AAGCAAUCGUGCUUAAGCAUGGGACCUCUGGCUGUUAACUCGUCUGUGUCAGAAGUGAAGAUCUAUCUUCUUUGUAGAGCGUUCUUUUCUUCAACGUGUACAAUGCCUUCAAGCACUACGCGUCUGACAUUUGUUGGAGGCCCGAAUUUUCAAGAUGCUGACGUUUUGAGUCUUGGCGGAGGAUGUUUUGACUGGGCUGAAUCGCUUGAAGAACUUCAUUUUCAUGGAAUACGUGCAGUGUUGUUGUCACGUAGUACAUUCAGGGGGUUAACGAAUCUUCGCGUCCUGAAUAUGAGCUUAUGUUUCCGUCUAUGGUAUUCAUACUUUUUACUAGCAUUCCAAGGAGUUAUCGCACCCCUUCCGAAAUUAGAGGUUCUGCUAUUGAGUACAUCAGGCAACCUAGAACCUUCCGAUCAUUUUAUGCUUGACAACUCGAUGUGGGCGGCCUUAGCUCAUACAAAGCUUAGGUAUCUAGAUGUUUCUAAUACGGUCAUAGGAAAAUAUAAUUUUUCCGAAUUAUUCCACUAUUUACCGUAUCUGCAAUUUUUUAACAUGUCAGGUUUUCAGCUUGUUAAUAGGACCGUAAGCGAUCAUCAAUUUAGUGAUAAGUACAUAUCUAGUCUAGAAAUUCUCGACUUAAGUAGCAUUUAUGCUGAUAAAUCCCGUAUUCAACAUAUAAUAUGGUGCCUCGUUUCAUCGAUACGAAUUGAUCAGCCAAAAUCAUUCAAUUUAAGUACAACGCCGUUAUCGAAGUCUCUAAAGACAUUGCUUUUAAACAAUUUGUGUGGAGAUAAAAAUGGCCGAAAUAUUGAAAAUGUAAGACAUAUAAUUCUCCGAGGACAAUCUGUCUUACAGAACCUUUAUUUGCGCGAAAAUCAUUGGCCCAUUAUGGAUAUAGAAGCCAAUUUAGAAGCUUUAACUCACCUCGAACUGCUAGAUCUCUCACGAGACGGAAUUGAAUUUUUGAACGAAAAAGCGUUUUCAAGUUUAGUUGGAUUGAAAACAUUUUUGCUAUCCGAGAACAAGCUUGGAAAAAUGGCGACAACUCAUACUGAAAUGUUUGCUCGGUUGUUUUCAAGCUAUAAUUACCUUUCAUUCUUGGAUCUUUCGCAUAACGAUAUUAAAACAAUUCCACAUGAAAUAUUUAUUAGCAAUCCUCUCCUAGUUCACGUUGACCUUUCUCAAAACAGGCUCACUGAAAUUACAUUUAAGUGUAAGCACCUAACGGCACUUGAAGUCUUAAAUUUACGUGGAAAUAUGUUGACAGUGUUAGAUGCGACAACUCAAGCUACAUUAGAUAACUUACCAUAUACUACGUUCGUUCAAAUUAGUGAAAACACUUUUUCAUGCUCUGCAUGUAAGGAUUAUGUUACUAUUGAAUGGAUGAUAAAACAUGAACACGUUCUUGAUUAUGAUCAUCUAAACUGCCGAAAUGGAAACGAGAACCUUGUAAACGUCAAUCAAACUAUUCGAAAAUACUUAAAGGACGUGUGCGAAAAGCCUUUAAAAAUUAAAAUAACAAUUUAUGUGACUGUUGGUAUCGCAAUGCUUUUUUGUGUCACUGGUUUUGCUUCCGCCUACAUCAUAAUAACGAGGCGAAAACACAGGAGGAAAACACGUCAGAGAUUAGAUACCAUCACCAAAGUAGAAGACGGCCGGUUAGAUUUCCUAGUUUUUCUCCAAUAUUCAAGUAAAGAUGAAAACUUCGUGCACACCAAUGUGUAUCCACAUCUAGACGGUCAUCUGCGUAGAUUGGUUCCAAUAAACAAAGACGUAAUUUCAUUUGGCGAUAAAGAUUUCAGAGUCGGCAAAAGCAUUUUGGAGGAGACUAUUAGAUGUACCAAGUCAUCAGCAGCUGUAAUGCUACUCUUAACGGACAAUUUUGUCAAAAGCGAGUAUUGCCUCAAUGAAUUCGACGUUGCAUUUCGCGUAGGAAAGCCUGUUAUUAUGAUGCUGAAAGGCGACGUGGAUAUGACACGUGCCCCGCAUGUCAUCAGAGAUCUCUUCCACACGUACGUGCGAGUCCUGUGGAAAUGUGACGAAAACGGGGAGUACAUUAUGACAACUAGCUUGGAGAACGUGUGCAAUGCUAUACUUGCAUCAGGAUAAAACAUAUAUAUAGUGUUUACCUGCAAGGCAACAGCAUAUUGGGCGUUUAACAGUUUUCAAGAAUGCAGUAAAUAUCAGACUCAACACCAUACUCUCUAAUUAUUAUAAUAGUUAUGUAUGUAUUUUUCGACUGCGUUCUGUUCAUCGCAAUAAGCAAACUAUGCUGUGUGUUUUGUUUAGGAUGAAAAGAGUUUAAAUUAAUUUCAUACCGUUAAUUCGAU